GCUGGCAGUCUGGUCCGGAGCCACGAUGGAUGCAGUACCAUGCCUUCUGGUCGUCCUCCUGUUCUGGACAAGGAUACAAGAAAAAAACGCCCUGCAGUGUUACUGUGACCGUUGCAGUGCCAACUCCAGCUGCACGACUGAUGGCGUCUGUUUCGUCGCCAUCCGCAAGUCAGGAAGCCGGUUUAUCACCGAGCAGCGCCAGUGUGUACACGAAACUGAACUAAUCCCGCGAGACCGGCCCUUCAUCUGUGCCCCGUCUGUCAAACAUGACACAGGCAUUUACCCAAUGUGCUGUACCUCAGACUACUGCAACAAAGAGCCCAAACCGGAAAACUUCCCUGUCCCCACAGUAAAGACUCCACCUCUGGGCCCCGUGGCCCUCGCAGCAGUGAUUGCUGGCCCGGUGUGUGUGCUUUGCCUGCUGCUGGUCUUGGCGUUCUAUGUUUGCCACAGCCACAGGGGUCUGGGGGCCGGAGGUGCUGGGGCCCAUCAUCACCACCACCAUCGGGUGCCCAACGAAGAGGACCCCUCCAUGGACCACCCCUUCAUCACUGUUGGAACAACUCUGAAGGACCUCAUCUAUGACAUGACCACCUCGGGCUCUGGAUCAGGCCUGCCGCUGCUGGUCCAGAGGACCAUCGCCAGGACCAUCAUCCUCCAGGAAAGCAUUGGGAAAGGGCGUUUUGGGGAGGUAUGGCGGGGUAAAUGGCGUGGUGAGGAGGUGGCUGUGAAGAUCUUCUCUUCCCGCGAGGAGCGCUCCUGGUUCCGUGAGGCUGAGAUCUACCAGACUGUCAUGCUGAGACAUGAGAACAUUCUGGGCUUCAUUGCUGCUGAUAACAAAGAUAACGGAACGUGGACUCAGCUGUGGCUAGUGUCUGAUUACCAUGAACACGGUUCCCUGUUUGACUACCUGAACCGCUACACCGUCACUGUGGAGGGCAUGAUCAAGCUGUCCCUGUCCACAGCCAGCGGCCUCGCCCACCUCCACAUGGAAAUAGUGGGCACACAGGGUAAGCCAGCUAUUGCCCACAGAGACCUGAAGUCAAAGAACAUUCUGGUCAAGAAGAACGGGACUUGCUGCAUCGCUGACCUGGGUCUAGCCGUCCGCCAUGACUCAGCCACCGACACCAUUGACAUAGCUCCCAACCACAGAGUGGGAACCAAAAGGUAUAUGGCACCAGAGGUCCUGGACGACUCCAUAAACAUGAAACACUUUGAGUCUUUCAAGCGAGCUGACAUCUACGCCAUGGGCCUUGUCUUCUGGGAGAUUGCCAGCCGCUGCUCUAUGGGAGGUAUCCAUGAGGACUACCAGCUGCCCUACUACGACCUGGUUCAGUCAGAUCCAUCAGUGGAGGAGAUGAGGAAGGUGGUUUGUGAGCAGAAGCUUCGGCCCAACAUUCCCAACCGCUGGCAGAGCUGUGAGGCCUUGCGGGUGAUGGCGAAGAUAAUGAGAGAGUGCUGGUAUGCCAACAGCGCCGCCCGACUCACGGCUCUCCGAAUCAAGAAAACCCUCUCUCAGCUCAGCCAACAGGAGGGAAUCAAGAUGUAGACACAAACCAAACGCGCACACACACACACACACACACACACACACACACACACACACACACACACACACACACACACACACACACACACACACACACACACACACACACUCUGACUGUCAUCCAUAUCCUUAGCAUUACGGCAUUACUAUCGCCAUUAUUAUUCAUCGAUUGUUCCUCCCCUUUGUUUUGAAGGGAAGUGAAGACUUUUCCCCCUUGUGCUCUUUUUUUUCUUUUCCCAUCUCAUUCAUUGACAAACUGAUCAAGUCCCGCACCUGAAAAUGAGGAACUGUUCGUGUAUGUGUGUGUUGCACUGGGAAGACAUAUGCACAUGACUGGCUGGAUGGAUGGAUCUAAUGAGGGAUGGUUGUGUCUGAGGGGGAUAACAGGGGCACAUUAAAGGAAGCCCCAACUCAUCGUCCUCCAUCUUCCUCUGCUACAUUCAUCACAUGAAGUCUCUGAAAGACUCAUUGGGGCAACUGGUGUCCAUCUCAAGUCCGCUGCUCAUCACACCCAACAAAUAAGGCUCAGAUCCCGUCAGGUAAAUAAAAGGCCAGACAGGCAGCUGGCAAUCACCAGAGGGGCCUCUGAGCUGCCAGAGCUUCGCUCUCAUCGCCCCACAUCUUCAUCAUCAUAACACAUUUGUAUAUUAGCAUGUCAUUCUUCACAUCAGAGAUUUAAGCUACACUUCAGUAGGGCUGCAAAUUACUCAUUUACGUCUCUGAAUAAUGUUGGGAAUUGUGAAAAUUCAAACGUCCUCUCAUCAGAAACACAAAUGUGUUUAGAAGUGUUAAUGGAGAUUUUGGAGUCAUCCAAACCACCUGUCAUCAGCGCAAUACGUUCUUUAACGAAUAUAACUAUGUGCACUGAUCCACAAUACUAAUGUGGCAUGGUUUUAGGGUAACCGCUCCAGGAGUUUACAUAUGUCAGUACAGUGAGGGAUGGACUGGGAGGCAGCGCUGGUCCUUGCAGUGGUGUGUGGAAAAGUUCAUUAAAUAUCUAACAGUACGUGUAUGUUUCCAUACACGUACUGUCAUUUCCAGAUCGAAGUAAAAAAAUCAGGCUGUCCAAUUGGGAUAGUGAAAGUCAGCAACUAAAAUUCUUAAAACUUGAACAUCUGGGCAUCAAGGAUAAGCAAUCAAGCCUAAAUGAAAUGUAUUGGCCCUCUGUUCUAUCAAGUUCAGUGUGGCUCAGGGGGUAGAGCAGUCGUCCAUUUAUCAGAAGGUCGGUGGUUCAUGUCGACAUGUAGUUGGGCGAGACACUGAACCCCAAAUUGCUCCCAAGCUGUGCCAUCGGUGUGUGACUGUGUAUGAAUGAGUUCAUUUCUGUUUCUGGUGGACAGCUUAGCCUCUGCUCAUCAGUGCAUGAAUGUUUGUGCAUGAGGUGAAUGUGAUGUAGUGUAAAAUGCUUUGAGUGGUCGGAAAGACUAGAAAGGGACUAUAUGAUACAGACCGUUUAGCAUUUAACAGAUUUGACUGACAACAGAUAGCCUAGUCACAGCUUCUAACCUGCCCAUUCAUCAUAAAAGUAGCCCCGCAUUAGAUUUAGGUUUAUCAACCAUCCAACAGUUCAGGAAAAUCCAAAACCAUGGUUAUAAUACUUAAAGAUGAUCUCCAUCAAGUCUUUUGAAUAAUAUAACACUAUGUUAAAAGAAUCUGUACUUAAAUGAACUGUUGUAAGCUUUUAUGAAGCUUUAACUCAACGUUGACUGCAUAAAAGGGCAGAAAAUUCCUGCCUUGUUGUAAUCUACUAAAUGUCAGUGGGUUUUGUCCGUCAUCAGUUAUCAGACGUUGCAUUUGAGACUACUGAAUCCCGUGUCCUGUCAAAUUACUCAUUGUGGAAAAACUGCCCACAUGGUAAAAAAAAUUGUGUAAAUUAUCACAAGCAACUCAAGAACCUUUUGACCUGCCCUAUCAAAUAAAACAUAGUUCAGUUGGGCCAACAGUCUGGCAGCAAUGAUCAUGUAUAACCUCAUAAAUGAGACAGUUACAUGUUUCAGUACUAUACAUUUAGUGGUGUUUAAAUUUCAGCAUUAAGUAGUGAUUACAUUUUAGAAUGAGAUAUUAGGUUGCUUAUAAAAUUGAAAUGAUUAUAUAUUUCGGCUUCCGUAUGCACGGCGUGAGAAAUGCAGUUUAAUAUCAAUAGAUUAAAUGGUCAUUUGCUUGAGUUAAAAUCUAAAAGGCAUUCUUGGAAAAAAUAUUUCCAUUUUGCUAAUGUGCACUGCACAUUUAGUUCAACACGCCUUGUGAAAUAUACAGAUUCAUGCAUUCACCUUAAACACAUUGUUCUUGUGGUUAUUGGUGUGCUGCUAGAAAAGGGGGCAGCAGAAUGACCGUCAGGGCUGCUAUACACAAUUCCUCCUAAUCUCCAAGCUGACAGUGACUCAGCCAUGAUCAUUAGUAUUUCAUAGUAAAGAUGAUUCAACACAGAAAACAGCUUUGACGUGAAGUUGUUUGCAGCCCUACUCUGGAGUUCUAUUACAGUAGCAUUGGGCACUGAAGUCUGUAAGCCCGCUGAGGUCCAGACAAACAGUGGCUUCAUCUGUUCUUCAUCUAGUCGAGUUGUAAGCAGGAUCUCUCAUCUCUGCAACAAUUUUGCACCUGUUUUUUCAUUUGUUACUGUUGCAUUUCCACGUCUCCUUCUGUAAUGGUAGGGAGUCGGACAGGUCAGUUUUAAUUUAUUGUGUUUUUAAAUUUUCUUUUUGGUGGCAGGGGAUCUUUUUUGCAAAACUAAACUGGACAUGAUGACCUCAUUCAUUUUUGGCAAACAUGCUGCAACAUAUGCAAUAUACAGUAGAUAAAUGUGUCUAUUUUCUAUACUCUGCUCUGCUGAACCACAAACAACAACAACAGCAGCAACAACAACAAUUAGCUGCCACCAUGCCUUCCAAGCCAGCUGUAACCGGAAAGUGCCAGUGCUUUUACAACCCGACUCCUCUCAUGUCGGCUGCUGUGGAGUGUGUUUGCUCUCGUGUGUAUGCAGCACUGUGCGUGCGUGUGUCAGAGAAGGCCUGCGUGAGCCAUGCGGCGCAUACAGCAAGCUCGUACUAUGCACACCCAAGAAGUAGGGAAGGAAAGCAAGAAGGGACACACACCGCACAUCACAGCCCCACAGCCCAGCCGACUCUGGUGCCAUUUCGUCAACCCCACCCCCCCCGCCUGAACACCCGACCACCUCAGCAACAACUCAUUGUACAGCAGUCUGGAAACUGAGCUCCAGCACCUCAAACUGUAUUAGUUGGAAAACCGAUGCUACUGAAGCGCACGGUGGCUUUAGAAAAGAGACACAAAGAAUUGUUAACAUUACUGAUGUUGCCCUAUAAAUGUAAACUCUUGGAUUUCUUAUUUUGGUUCUUCUCACGUGUUUGCGCCGUUGACAGCGCAGCAGCGCAAAUCAACCUUUCAAGUGUUUUCUUCUUUUGUAGGAUAAUCAACAAAUAUGAGGUACAUUCAUUUAAAUAUAGCAAAUGGAUAUUUACUAAGCCAUAGUUUUUCCAGAUUGUGUAUUAUUUUAUUUUUUUUUGUGGCAAGGUCUUUUUCUACUAGAAUGUACAUUUCUGAAAAACAAAAGAUGAAAAAAAAAAAUGAGUAAAAGCUUAGCAAGCCUUAAGGGACCAACACAUAAGAGUCAGGAUCUGCCCCCCCCCCCCCUUUCUUUUUUAUGAAAAAGAAUAUAUAAAAGUGUGUGUGUACAUAGCACCUGUUGUUGAAAUUGCCAUACAUCUAAACCCAUUUGAUCUUAUUUUACAGAUUUGCAUGCGUUUAAGUUCCAUCAAAAGCACUUGUCUUCUAGUACACAGGUCACAACCAAGUCCAUAAUGAGGUACACAAAGUUAUCACCUGUCAGUACAUCCAGUAAAUCAAAUCUGCAGAGAGUCAAUUGCUCAAAGAAAUCCCACAGAGUCACUUAAUUGGUCCGCAAUAAGUGCACUUCUGGGCCACUGUGGGGUUUAUGUGUGUGGCAAUUCGGGUGUCGGUGAGUCAGUCUGUCUCCAUUGCUUGUCUUUAUGGUUACAUAAUGUGUUGAUGUGCUGCUACUUAGUUGUCCGCCUCACUUUCUGAGUUGAGGUGAGAGCUGUCGUUGGAUGUAAAUAUCCUCAGAUUGCCUGAAUCUGAUCAAUUUGUGCCAUGUUGCUCUGAAGCAAAUCCAGCCCAUCGUCAUUUGGUAGCCAGUAAAAGAGUUGUCAGCCACCCCACCACCCUCUGCAGCAGCUAAUUUCUUCCCCUCUAACUCAAAGUGCUGAUCAGUUUAAUCAGCUGCUUUGUUGUUCAGGUAGAACAGAAAACUGCAGCCUCCAUUGUCCAUGGUGGAAAACCUUGGUGCCAAUCUAUCGAUGGGUAUCAGAGUAGCUAGAGCAUCUCUCCGCUGGGAUGCACACACAUAAAACAUCUGCUGGAAAUGCAUUGAAACAUACACUAUAUGGACAAAAGUACUGGGACACCUACAGGAAUAAUAAUGAUAUCCCAAAUCUAUAGGCUCUCUACAAGAUGUUGGAGUGAGUCUGGGAAUUUUUGCCCAUUCAUCCAGAAGAGCAUUUGUGAGGUCAGACACUGAUGUUGGAUGAGAGGGCCUGGCUGGAAAUGUCUGUUCUAGUUCAUCCCAAAGGUGUUCAAUAGGAAUGAGGUCAGGGCUGUCUGCUAGCCAGUCAAGUUCUUCCACACCAAACUCACCCAGCUAUGCCUUUAUGGACCUUGCUUUGUGUACUGGCGCACAGUCAUGCUGGAACAGAAAAGGGCCUUCCCCAAAGUGGUCCCACAAAACCCCAUAGCCUUAUCCCUCCUCCCCCAGAAUUUACAGUUGGCACAAUGUAGUCGGGCAGGUGUCGUUCUGAUAUUCACCAAACCCAGACUCCUAUCAGACUGAUCAGAUAGAGGAGUGUGAUAUGUCACUCCACAGAACAUGUUUCCUCUGAUCCAGAGUCCAGUGGCGGCGUGCUUUAUGCCACACCAUUCGACACUUGGCAUUGUGCUUGGUGAUGUAGGGAUGCAUGGAGCUGCUUGGCCUUGGAAACCCCUGCCAUGAAGCACCCUGUGCAGUUUUUGUGCCGAUGUUAAUGCCAGAGAAGGUCUAGAACUCUGCAGAUAUUGAGUCAGCAGAGUGAUGGCGAGACUUUUACACAUAAGUUUGCCUCAGCACAUCGCGAUCCCACUCUGUAACUUGAAGUGGUCUGCCACUUCGUGGCUGCGUAGCUUUGGUCGCUAAACACUUCCACUUUGAAAUAAUACGACUUACUGUUGAUUGUGGAAUUAAUCUAGCAGGGAAGAAAGUUCUCAAACUGACUUGUUGCAUUGGUGGCUAUAUAUAUAUAUAUAUAUAUACAUAAUGCGCAUGCAGACUGCAUGGUUAGGUGCUUGAUUUCAUAAAUGGCCAUGGGACUGAAUGUAACACCUGAAUUCAAUGAUUAAGAAGUAUGUCCCAAUACUUUUGACUAUGUAAUGUAUUCUUCUAGAAGCUGAAGUCUAGAGGAUGGGGUAGGAGAGCAAAGACAUACAUUUUUGACAUAGUGAUUUCUUUAGUAAAAAAAAAUCUGUUGAAGCCCUGAUGCAGCUGAUAAUGUAACAACCGAUGGAUAAUGUCAAAAUAUGCAAACUACACCUCUAAAAAGUGUAAUAAAACUUUUUGAGCAUUUCAUAAUGAAUGUUAAUAUAUAAUGUAAUAGCAGUACUAACGCACCUCAUCUAAGGCAUUGAUUCCCUAUCAGAGGAAGCCUAGUGCCCACUACUUCAGCAUUUGUGUUCACAAUUGAUGGUCUGUGGCAGUCCCUGCUUCAGUGGAAUGGCUAUUUUAAACCAAAUACACUACAAACAAAAAUCAUUUGGGCUUUACACUUCAUUCUUGAUCUCAGAAACUACCUUUUACAAAACCAUCUCCGGUCAAUGUCCACUUACUGGCUUGUUUCCAUCUUUUGACUGUAUUGCACAGUCUUUAUCAGUAGACUCGUCAGCCGACUCGUGAAACGCACCAUUAUAUAAAUGUUGCAACAGCAUCUGCUAAUGAAGACCGUAGACUGAAGAACCAGACAGUCUGCAUGUUUAGUUAAAUGAAAUAAAAGAACAUUAUCCAGAGCCUUUAAACCGUACAAAACAUUUCAAACGUGAUGUCCAUUUUAGUGAAAGUUACAUUAUCAGUUGCUACAGGCUUUAAUCAGUGAUUCUCCUGUUCUCUAUGAAAAUUUAAACAUGACAAAAAAGUAAAUUUAAAAUAAAAACAAUUUUGUGAUGUAUCCCCCUUUAAAGUUCGCUGUUUAGAGUUGUACUUGUGAAUGAAGUAUCCCUAAAUAUGUAGAAACGGUCAGCAGUGGCAUAUUAAGCCUUGUAAAUGGCUCAUGGAAUAAACAAAAAAAGAAAGCUAUCCUGAUAUUUGAUGAAAGUAAAGUGAAUAUUGCUGCUAUGUUAAAAACAAAAGGGUGUCAGGCUAUACUGAAAUAAAUGUGCACAAAAGUGGUCCUAUUAGUAGGGGAAUCUGGUGCUUGCCAGGGAAGACCAGGGCCAAGGAUUCAUCUUUUUAAGCCAUGUGGGUUUGGUGGCAGGGCUGGGGUUUGGUGGUGGUGCAGGAAACUAAAUUUCCAAAUCUCAAAGUAUCCCUUUAAGUAAGACCUGGCUAGCAGUGCUGGGCCUUUGGGUGGGAUCGAGACUGUAGAUUAUGUGUAUUUCAUUAGCAGUGUCAUUCUCUGGGACAUUAGCAACAACAAAAGCUCAACUCAACAGCACCUCUGCUAUGCCUCUACUAGGACAACUUUCAUUCUGUCUUAAAGUCACCAGCAGCCUUGUACUUUUUCUUUUGAAAACCCAAGAUGACUUAACUGUAAAAAGACAUGUUUGCACCCAGCUGUUUUUCUCUUGUGGUCUUUAUACAGCAGUUUUUCUGUUCUUGAUUCAAUCUUGCCUUUCUCUCUUGUCAUUCCAUGUUCUCUAAUUGACUUAACAGAUAUCUCCCAGCUACAAGUGCCACACUUCACUGCAGCCGGUUCCCCGGCUUCACAGCUCCGUACCGCGUGAACCAACUCGCAUCCAUCCCUGCCUACUUUUUUCUCUCUCUACACUCAGAGACUGGGGUAUGUUUGAAACAAAGAUUGUUCGUACGACGCAUUGAAUCGUACAAAUUGGGGAUAACAGCUCACACUUUCAGAUAGUCUGUCCUCAGACAUUCCUGGUGUUGCACAGAACAGGUGGCGCAAGUAGUUUGUGUGGAGAAUGAUCAAGGAGUGCUUGAGAGAGAUGUUCAGACUUUCUCACCACUGCUUACCUGGCCAAUCACUGUGCAAGUGGACAUGCUUGUCAGUUUGUUGCUUUCAGAAAGUUACUGAAAUUGUACAGUCUUUAUGUACAGUGGCAAGCACUUAGUUUGAAGCAUACUGAUGCAUUUUUAAAAAAGUACUCCAUGAAUUUAGCAUUAAAGAAAGAUUCAAAAUCUGCAGCAGAACCAGAGACAUGUUUUUGUUAUUCCUUCCUCCACAUCUGAUAUUGCUUGUUCAUUUCUGAAACCACCAUUCUAAUGGAGGAGAGUCUCAAAGUGUGUUCUGUUAUCUCGCAUCAAAUCUUGGUUCGCUGGUCUACACCAUGGAAGGUUGGGAAUGGGAGCAGCAACGUGGCUGAGCCAUUUUGUGACUCAAACCCAACAAAUGAGAUGCACUCGGUUUGGUAGGUCUGGUGAAAUAUGCAGCCUUUUUACACCAAGAAAGGCCCAAAACAAGCAGUUUGUUUCUGCUCUGUGUGCAUUGAUGGGGGGCCAACAUAAACUAUGCCAGCAGCUCUACCGCUUCAAACCACGCACUGAGUAAUUCCCACAGCUGUGAAUGUAUCGGCCCUCUCAGAGUCUCCAACCAAUCAGAGCACAACCUGCGUAGCUCAGCCCAAAGGUCGUGCCAGCAACUUUGUUAGCAUGGAAAUAUCUGCCGCACGGGUCUGUUUAUAUCUCUUUCUCUUGUUAUGCAAAGUCUGGGCCAAUCGUGUCUGCCCACUCAGUCCUUCUGGAUCACACAGGCUGAACGACCUAUCUAUGCUAGCAUGAUCCACACACUGUGAUGAAGAAUGCGUUAGGGUCAAAGCGUUAUCACGUUCUCCCUUCAUGGUUGCCCUCCAUCGUCUCAGAGACCUGCUGGAUGAUGGUUCAGGUUGAUGCGAGGAGGGGUUUGGGUCACUAAAGGGUUCAGACUUUGCUUGGCUUUAACAGUUUUCCUCUCCGGUUCGAUGCUGCAGUGAGGCCUUUGUGGCAACAAGGGUAGCAGAAAGCUUUAUCAUGUUUUAUUUGGUGCCUAAGUUUGACAAGACUUCUUUAACUUUUCACGUUGAAUGACAAGAUUGCAUGUGAUUGUGUGUCUGCAUUGAUGUCUGCAUAUUCUGCUUUAUAGAUGUCAUCGAAACGCUGAGAAGUAUCUUAAAAAGCAUAAUUAACAUAUUAAAAAGGUCACUUAAUCAAAAAGAAAAUACCUCCUUUUACAGACCAAUGUGUUUUACCUCACUGUGUAUAUAUUCUCAAUUUGUUUACUCCAAGUUUGCAAUUUAUCUCUUUUGUUUCUAUGAAAUGCUUAAAAAAGUUGAAAGAGAAUAUUUUGUUUUCCUUUUCGAUGGUACUUUUUUGUCAGAUGGCAUUGUAUUGUGUUUGUGUCGUGCCCAAGCAGUAUACUAUUCCUCUUUUACCAUGCUCUGUAUAUGACUUGUUGGUUGUGUUCUGCGUGAGCUGUACAGUCAAAGCGCUUUACAAAUGUCCAAGCCCCCCUCUGAGCUCUGGUACAAAUGCCUUGUUCAAUAUGUUCUUUUGUUUAAUGAAAAAAAGGAAACAAAGAGGGGAGGUGGAGGAGGCUGAAAGUGAGAGGAGGAACUGUAAAGCGAAAACCUCAACAACUGUUGAACCCUCCUCACCUCAACCCUCUUGGCUUUCUAAACAUAUUAUAAUCUUGACUUUUUUAUAUAGUGUGUACAGAUGAAUGAGAGAUCAACAUAGGAACUAGAGGAUUGACACUUACGUUAACUUCUAACAUAGCUGGAGUAGAAAAUGGUGUGAAUAAAGAAACAAAGUUUCACUACAA